AUUUUGCGAGGGAGAUUGAGUCCAUAAGGGGUAACCUGGCUAAGAUUCGGCAAGACCACGGACAAGAGCUUCUACACCUCAUGACUUACAAAAUCAAUGAACAAAACAAGGGUCUGCUAACUCUCCAGGUUCGACGAGAAAGACAAGGUAUUUGGAUUUGAAAAUGAUUUUAAGACCAUAAAGGGUUUCAUAGAGCCAUCUGAUAAUUUUAUUGUCAUCCCAAUUGUGGGGAUAACUGGGUCUGGAAAAACUAUAAUUGCCUCCAUGAUUUUUGAGGAUCAAUGCAUUACUCACAAAAAUUUUGAGGACUGCAUUUGGUUUCAUGUUUCACAAGGUUUUGAUAGAAAACAGAAAUUCAUUGACAUCCUUUGUCAAAUUACCAUGGCCGGUACAAAAGACAUUAGCAUGAUGACUGAAGAAGGGUUGCCACGUGAAAUAUGUGAACGUUUAGAGUAUCGUAGAAGGUACUUUGUUGUAUUGGAUGAUGUACGAAAAAAAGAAGAUUGGGAUUGUUUUAAAGUUGUGUUUCCUAACUUUGAAGGAAGUAGGGUCCUGGUGACCUCCCCUUAUGGCAAUGUAGUUGAUCGUAACUGGAAAUCUCAUAAUUUAGAAAAGUUAAGCAAUGAGGAAGGUUGGUUGCUAUUGAAAAUUAAUGCUUUUGGUACAGAGGGAUGCAAUGACGAAGUAUUAGAAAGUCUGGGGAAAGAAAUAGCAGAUAAAUGCAAUGAAUUACCACUAGCUCUAGUAUCAGUAGGGGGUAUGCUACGUCAACGUAGGAAUAUUGCUGACUGGCAACGGGUUGCUGAAAAUCCUUUUUUAGAAAUUAAUCAAGAUGGUCAAAUCUACCGUGACCGAGUAAAAAUGACUUACAAUGAUUUGCUUGAUGAGAAGUUGAAAAACUGCUUCCUAUAUUUGGCAUGUUUUCCCAUUGGACAUGAGAUUGUUGUUUGGAAGUUGAUUCGUUUGUGGAUUGCUGAAGAAUUCAUUCCAACACUAGACGAGCAGGGGUAUGCUUUAGAGGCAGAAGUUGAAGCUGAAAAAUAUUUGAAUCAUCUUAUGGAUAGAAAUCUUGUGAUGGUGAAAAAACGAAGAAUAAAUGGGCAAAUAAAAACUUGUUGUAUCCACAACACAUUGCAUGAGUUUUGCAAAAGCGAAGGUGCAAUGAUAAAUUUGUUCCAUGUAAUGGAUGAGAGGCAAAUAUUAGAUGAGAAUACUUCUUCUGCUCCUCAUAAAAAUAUUUCAACUCGUCGUCUUUGUUUCCACUCAUGUACUCAAAGAAAAUUUGAUGACCUCAUCAAACCCUACAACCAAAGGAGGAGUUUAUGUCCAUUUGGCAAACAUAUCCGUUCUUUGUUGUUGUUUCCCUCACAAAACAGUGAGACACUUUCGUUUACAAAAGAGGAAUUAGCAACCAUCCCAAACACCUUUCCGCUUCUUAGGGUGUUGAACAUUGAAUUCUCCAUGGACUUUGAUUAUGAGAUCCAACCAGAUGAGCUUUACAACUUACAUCUCCUUAGGUAUCUUGCUAUCAAAUUCAUUAAUCUCGAUUCCCUCUCCAAAUCAUUCAAAAAUCUUCGUGGAUUGGAGACUUUGGUGAUCGAAACCACAGCAAGGACACUACACAUUGAUGGAGGCAUAUUGAACAUGGAAAAGUUAAGAGAUGUACAUACCAAUACCUCUCUGCAAUUACCACCCUUUCCUCCAAAAAGAAGCACAACUAACUCUAGAGGAAAUGGCAUUCGCACACUUUCUAUAAUAUCACCAACAAGUUGCACAAAAGAGAUCUUUCGGAAGACCCCUAACCUCAAAAAAUUAGGUGCUCGUGGGAACUUAUCAGAAUUAAAGGAACCAAAAAUAAAUUUAUUACGAUAUGGAAGUCUAAAAAACUUGAAGCUCUAUGGCCAGUAUGAUAAAGUGUUAACGUUCCCAAGCGGUUUCCUAGAUGGACUACGGCUAAAAAAGUUGAGCUUCUUUGGCACAUUUGAGUGGAAACACAUGGAAGUAUUGAGCUUGUUGGAGGAGCUUGAGGUGCUCAAGUUGGAGGACUAUGCAUUCCAGGGGGAGAAUUGGGAACUAAGCAAUCAUGUUGUUUUCAAACAUCUUCAAUAUUUGCGCAUUGGGAAAAUGAACCUAAGAAUUUGGAAGUUGGCUACAGAGAAUAGCUUCCCAGCUUUAUGAAGUCUAAUCCUUCGAAAUUGUAGCUCUCUAGAAGAAAUUCCAAGAGCUUUUGCUUAUGUACAUAUUACACUUGAAAUUUGUAUGAAUGAUAUGAUUGCUCCAUUCUCUCAAACACAUUAACAUCUUUGACAUACUUUCCUAGAAGAGGGCUACCCGGUGUCUGCUACGGUUCAAAAGGACUCUAGAACAGCCCGGAGUGAAAGCUAUCUAGUGAAAAGUAUUCCUUAAACUGGUUAUCUGGAAGAGGGCUACCCGGUACUUAAUAUGGUUCCAAAAGGACCUGAGAAGAGUCUGGUGUGAAAGCUUUCCAGUGUUGUUAAUUCCGUGCUUUAUCAUUAUACUUAUGGGGUUCUCAUGUUGAUAUACCUCUUAUAUAUCCUCCCUUUGUGAAAUUUUCAAAUUUCAGUAUCUAUUCACAUCUUAUCAAUUGCAUGCUCUCAGUUGUAUUUUCUUGCAUUAUUCAAUACAUACUGUUGUAGCUAUGUUACCUUUGGCUAAUAUUUAUCAAAAGGGGGAGACAUGCUAUGAUUAAGGGGGAGAGUGUUAUGAAUUAAGGGGGAAAACUUGAUGUACACUCGGCUAUGAAUUGAGGAGGAAAGUGCGUAUGACAUUGAGGGAGAGACCCGAUAUGAAUUGAGGGCGAGAACUGUCAUUUGUUUGUUUGAUCAACAUAUGCCAAAGGGGGAGAUUGUUGGUACAUAAAUUAUGAUUUUAUGUAAUUGUCAACACAGAAAAGAAAGGGAAAUGCAUGGAAUGCAAUUGUGAACGUGUGGUAUGUGAAGCAUGAAUCAAGGAAAUGCAAUAUAUGAAUCAAGGAAAUGCAAUAUGACGUGAGAUCAUGGAAAAAUGCAAAUGACGUGCGCAGAACAUACAGAUGUGGCCGAAAUUAAAGGGCAAGCUAAUCAGUAUAAAUAGGUUCAUUCAUUAUGUAGAAAAUCGAAGUUUAAGUGUUUCAAAUACAUAUAUAUAGUCAGCGAGGUGUUGCGAAGAAAUUCCAAUACAGGGAAAGAUUGGUGUACUAUCCGGAGAAAUCAGCUCCAAAUUAUUUCAGUACAAGCUGUGUUAAAAUCCAAGUUGGUUACAGUUUGUUUAAUCGGUAGUAUUAGUUCAAGCUGUACUUGUAAUCUUUUCAUAAGGUUUAUUAUAAGGUUAAUGUUUAAAUAGGUGGUAGACCUAGUUUUGUAAUUCAUUGAACCUUGUAAUUGUAAAAACCAACGGGUUGAUCUUAAGUGAAAAGAUUCUUUGGGCGUGGCCCCGCAGAUUAGGAGGUGUUCUCCAACUGCGUUAUCAAA